CAGAAGAAAACACCAGGUUCUUUACUCAGAAACUCAGCCAAGCACAUCUACAGCAUCUACCAUGGGUGGCUCAGACCUUAUUACUCCUUUUGGGGCAAGGUAGACUGCCACAAAGUAGGAGGAGAAGCUCUUGCCAGGCUUCUUUGUGUGUUCCCAUGGACCCAAAGAUACUUCGUCACCUUUGGAAACCUGGGCUCUGCUGAUGCCAUCUGCCACAAUGCCAAGGUUCAUGCUCAUGGCGAAAAGGUGUUGUGUGCUAUUGCAGAAGGCUUGAAACACCUCGACAACCUCAAGGCACAUUAUGCCAAGCUGGGUGAAUACCACUCUAACAAACUUCAUGUGGAUCCAGCUAACUUUUACCGCUUUGCAGAUGUGCUGAUUAUUACCUUGGCUCUUCACUUCCAUGAAGAAUUCACCCCAGAACUACAGUGUGCUUUGGAGAAAGCCUUUUGUGCUGUUGGUGAUGCCCUGGCCAAGGGUUAUCACUGA